AUGCUCGGGUCUCCGAGCCAACGUUCCGCCGUGCCAAAUGGAUCGCCCGGAUUCUUUCAUCACGGCGGUUUCCCUCCACACAACCCCAAUCAACCUUCAUUUAGCCCGAUGAGUGGGCCCUUCAUGCAGCCAUCAUAUAUCCCAACCAAUCCAAAUUUGGCCCGAGUCCAUUCCAGCACCCCGUCCACACCGUCCACCCCUAUCAUGGGAGGGAAUCGAUCCCAACGUUGCGGCUCAUGCGACGGCUGCACCAGCAAGCAGUGCGGAAAGUGCACGUAUUGCUUAGACUCUCCUUUAUUUGGUGGUCCGGGUGUCAAAAAACAGAGCUGUAUUGAGCGGCGAUGCCACAGAGUGAUGGAGAAUAAAUUGCAGGUGAGAUUUUACAUUUUUUUGACGAUUUUUAGGUAACACACGGGUCAUGGAUAAUAUAAUUUUAAUGCAGUUUUGAUAGAUUUGACUGCAGUUUUAAUGAUUAUCACAUAGAAUAGAGUCUGUCCUUGCUACUGGGACCUAAUUCCUUAAUUUUACCCCAAAAAAUUUCUUGUUCUGGCGCUUUACAGAUUUUAGAUAAUACACUGAAGAAAUUAGUUAAAAUUUUUUGUAUUUUGACUACCUUGAUGUGAAAAAUAUUUCAAACAGCAAGUGCUGUCUGUUAUAUCGAUGUGUAUUAGCUAUUUUUAGUUUAUCUUCCUCAUCUACGUCAUAGAAUUCAUUUUUUUCGGAGUUGUCGGAAAUUUUAGAUAUUCAACUUGAGGAAAGCGGUUUCUUUCUGCGAUUUACUAUAGUGCUAAAUAAUAAUUUGUGAUGGAAAGGUGUUACUGACUGUUUUACGGCAGGUGUAAAAAAAAUUUCGGGGAUUUUCAGUUUAUAUUACCCAUGAAUAGCUAAAAUCUUGAUUGCCAGAAACGUUUUUCAAUCUCGUUGAUUUUCAGCGAGAAGCCGCCACAUUGAAGGUUCGCCGGGGAUGUGGAACCUGCCCCGAGUGUCAAGCUCCCGACUGUGACGUCUGCCUGCCGUGCCAGGACAGGAAGUUCUUCCAAUCCAGAUACCUUCCAGGAGCGUCAUGUUUGCGAAAGAGAUGUGGUGAUACAAUAUACAUCGACUCGACUAAGAACAAGGGCACCAAGAGGCCUAGUUCCAACUCGAGUGAAGAGCAGGACCACAAAAGAUCGAUGCACCAGCAGCAUGUGUUCGUUCCAAAUAGCCAGCCCGCCUAUUACGUUCAUGGGCCAUAUCCAGGACAGAAUGGACAGUAAGUAUUUGAACUUUGUUUUGUUUCGAAUUUUAGGACAUUGACUUUCGAUCAGGAUAAAAAACUAGGCGAAGAGGUUUUUCGGAUAAAAGAUGUUACCCUUCAAAGAUCAGGCUCUUUUUUGCAAUGUUCAUGAGGAGUAAUUGCAAUUAUUUUUUGUUUCAGCCCUCUACCUCCGCAAUUCCCUCAUCAAUACCCACCAGUGCAGUCCAAAGGCGAUAUCCGCAAUGAAAAUCAACCCGUUCCGUCAACGAUUUCUCAACCAUUGCCACUUCAAAUGCACCUUGGCCAGAACUCGCCAAGCUUCGCGCCACCGGGAUUUGCCCCAUUCACCGGUCAUCUCCCACCCCAACCGAUGUUCAAGCCCCAGCCGUACCCAUUCUUCAGUCUUCCGCAGCCGCUGGAGCCAACUAAAGUAGAAACGAUCGACCCACAGAAGCUGGACCUUGAUGAUGAAUAUGUGGCCCCGUCGUAUAAGGAGAAGGAUUAUGUCCUACAGCAACUCUGA